CAACUGAAAAGAAAAAAAAAUCUAAAAUCAAUGUGGCGAAGGUCAGCGUCGUUUAUCCUCGACCGAAGCUCGAAUUCACCUCCCAUGGCCGACACCACUCAAACCCCCUUUCAAAACCCUGACGCCAUCUCCGCCUACUACCAAACCCGAGCGGCGCAUCACGGCGUCAUCACAAGCGACUGGCUAGCCCAGGCUCAAGCCGCCGUGGAGCAGCCUGACUCAUCAGUCUCUGAUCUCGGGGCUGAGAGGUCGUUUAAUGUGAUCGAUGAGUUCAACGGAUGGAGAAAACAGCCGGAUUUGGCUGAAGCCGUGGCAGCUAUCCGAGCUAUGGCUGCUGUUAUUCGUGCAAGCGAGGCUACCACCAUGAUGGAGCUUGAGAUUGAGCUUAAGAAGGCUUCUGAUACACUCAAGUCAUGGGACAAAACAUCAAUCUCCUUGACUGCUGGAUGCGAUCUGUUCAUCAGAUACGUGACGAGAACGUCUGCUUUGGAAUACGAGGAUUUCAAUUCAGCUAAGUCUCGUCUCCUUGAACGUGCUGAGAAGUUUGGUGAAAUCUCUUGCAAGGCUCGUAAGAUAAUCGCAAUGCUUAGUCAAGACUUUAUUUUCGAUGGUUGUACCGUAUUGGUUCAUGGACUCUCUAGAGUUGUUCUCGAAGUACUCAAGACCGCUGCACAAAACAACAAGCUCUUUCGAGUUCUCUGCACAGAGGGAAGGCCGGAUGGAACAGGUGUUUUGUUAUCGAAUGAGCUAUCAAAGCUCGAUAUCCCGGUGAAGCUGCUACUUGAUUCAGCUGUGGCGUAUAGCAUGGACGAGGUGGACAUGGUGUUUGUGGGAGCAGAUGGAGUUGUGGAAAGUGGAGGUAUUAUCAACAUGAUGGGUACUUACCAGAUCGCACUAGUUGCUCACAGCAUGAACAAACCGGUCUAUGUAGCCGCAGAGAGUUACAAGUUUGCUAGGCUUUAUCCGUUAGACCAAAAGGACAUGGCUCCGGCGCUGAGACCGAUCGAGUUUGGUGUAAAGAUUCCGGCAAAGGUGGAAGUAGAAAGGUCGGCUCGAGACUAUACUCCUCCUCAGUACUUAACGCUACUCUUCACGGACCUUGGUGUUCUCUCUCCCUCUGUUGUUAGUGAUGAGCUUAUUCAACUCUAUCUCUAAGUUUUAACAUCCUAAUUAAUUUUUUAUUUUGCUUCCACUUAGAUUGUGUUCUUUUCAAAGUUCAAGUUUUGAUCUAUUAACCUUAUUUUUGUUUUUGGAUUGACAAUGGUACACAUGUGGCAUAUUUGUUUUUGUUGCUGGGUCGUUCUUGUGUCACUUAUUUGGUCUUUAAGGGGCAGGCAUGUGAUGCAACGAGUUCUUUUUUUGUAGUUUGUAAUAAAUUAUUCUAUUUGUUGUAUGAAGAUCUAGGCUUGAUGGGUUUUA